ACGUGUUGCCAUGUUUUUCAGUCAAAAGAAUGUGUUCUGUUUGUUGUUGAAUCAAACGAGAUAGAUGAGGCUAAACAUGGCUGUGCAUAAAUAUUUUGACAUGAAAGCAUCGGACACAUUGAAGGAUCUUAUAAUUAUUUCUCUCCUAAUUUGUAAUAUUCAAGAUAGUACUGCACAACAAAGAUCACUUCACAGCAUCAUUGGCUACAGAGGAGUCAGAGGAGUUGUCCAUAUUGAACCGAAUUUCCGGCCAAAUCAAUCACUGGCUGUUCUUACUUUCCCAAACAUACGGAACUCACAUUUAGUGGAGAUCCGGGAAAACAGAGUGCUAACUGACGUCACAGUCAGGUGCUUGGACAGGGAUUUAGGACGAAGAUACAUCAACAGUACGUGGCUUCUUGUUCCUGGUCGAGAUCAUCGCUAUUUUAGCUUGACCUCUGACGCACGCUCACUUAACGGAAGGGCAAUUUUACUGACUAAUGCCGACACAGGAGAAAGAGUCUGUGGAACUCUUGAACCACGUGGAUUGCAUAAUACGGCUGAAGCAAAAUUCCUUUCAAACAUAGGAGGAAUUGUGACAUUUAGGCAACUUGAAAACGAUAGUCUUGCAGAAACUUCAGUGAGAGUGAGUCUAUUCAAAUUACAAGAAGAAAACCCAGUUGCAGAAACAUUUUUCUGGUUCUUAGUUCCAAAUCCAAAUCGAGAUCAAUACAAGACUACAAUGAACACCGAGUGUCGUCUUCCUUUGCCUUUUCCGCCGUCUCUCCAACAACUUUACAGCAUGUCACGCAGAUUUGGUCGUUUGCUUGUUGGUGCAAACAAGAACGAUGCUACUUUCACUUUCAUAGACUCUGAGUUACCUUUGUCAGGAUUGAGGACUGUUAUUGGAAAUAUUCUGGUACUAGCCAAACGAACAGGAGAAAUUGCAUCGUGUGCAUUAAUCAGAGAAAUUGAACCAAAGCAAGCAAUCGCUUCCGUAUUUAAUGACGGUGUGAAAGGAACAAUUCAGUUUUUUCAAAGAUCUUCCUAUGAUAAUACUGUGGUGCAAAUUACCUUGAACAACCUUCGAGGACUCGCUGGUGGUUACCACAUUCAUAAGUGGCCAGUACCCGUCAAGCUCACUGCAUUAGAUAAUGUCUGUGACGACAAAAGCAUUAGUGGGCACUAUGAUUUUCAAAGAGAAAAACCGACGUCUCCAUCACGUCAGACCGGAACUUCUGAUCAGUACGAAAUCGGCGAUCUUAGUGGGAAAUACGGAUAUCUUACGGGACAGGACAGUUUCAAUGGACAAUUCAAAGAUGACAAUUUACCAUUAUUUGGAAAGUACAGUGUGAUUGGACGUUCUUUUACCAUUCAUAGGUCUUACAGGGAUGAACGAUGGGUCUGUGCAACAAUAAAACCAAUAAGUAGGGUAACUAAGGCCGUGGCAAAAUUCGUAGGACCUGUUAUUGGCCAAAUUGUGUUUAUGCAAAAUCGAAAUGAUUAUUAUUCUGAUACGCAUGUAUUUGUCGAAGUAAGUUACUCCAACGGUAUACGAAGACCAACAUUUAAUCACAAUUGGCAUGUACACGAAAAUUCAGUGUGCAAUUUAUUUAAUGAAAGGCCAUGUAACUGUUCUGCAGCUGGGGAACAUUUUAACCCUUACCGUGUGAAUAUUAACGGAAACUAUGGUACAGAGUGUCGAUUCUGUAACCCACUAAGAUGUGAACUUGGUGACCUGUCCGGCAAAAAGGAAGCUAUCAAUGUUAGAGGCAAUAAUACUAUUUGGUAUCGAAAUUACUUUACGGAUAUGAACUUACCUUUAGAAGGCCCACUUGGCAUUAUAGGAAAAUCUGUAGUGAUACAUGAUGAAAACAAAGGAAAGGGGCGAUUGGCAUGCGCAAAUAUUUUCGAAGUUCCAGCGCGAGCUUUGUUAGUUGAAAACUGGUAUGGCUCGAGAUCAGCACCUAUAACAGGACUGUUUGAAUUUGUAGGAAAUGUUCCACAAUAUGAAGACGCAAUAGCAUGGACUUCUUUACGUUUGUCUGGUUUACAAAGUCGGGCUGCUGGAUAUCAUAUACACACAGAACCAGUAGAUCUGUCUUCCCCAACUCCUUGCGAAAAUAAUGUGGUGGGUGGCCACUUCAAUCCGUUUUUUAUUAACCAAACAAAAAGCCCACCACCAGGAACAGGGACCCAUGAUUUGUAUGAAGUCGGAGAUUUAAGUGGCAAAUACGGUUCUAUUCUUGAAGGCAGGGACACAGCUCUUGCCUCAGGACCUGAUAACUUCUUGCCUGUGUCAGGCCCCUUGAGCAUCAGUGGAAGAUCAUUGGUCAUCCAUCGCGGUGAUGGAUCUAGAUGGCUCUGUGGAAAUAUUGAGGAAAACACAGAAAUGUCAGGGGGGAGGAUUGUCCGAUUGAUUGCCAGGUUUACCAGGGGUCUCUUGUCUGGUUCUAUAGUUCUGAAACAAUAUAUUUAUCCAGAUAACACAGCAAGUGACACUGAGAUACUGGUGGACUUGAAAUUUAGAAACAAUGAAAGACUAAGGGUAAGAGGCCUUAACUGGCACGUACAUGUGUACCGAGUUGUAGAGGGGGGCAAUUGCCAAGAUGCUGGGCCCCACUUCAAUCCCUAUAACGUCAAUACAACGGUCGGAUAUGAAGAAUGUUCUUUUUCAAAUCCUUAUCGAUGUGAAUUAGGAGACACAAGUGGUAAACACGGUGUGUAUGAAAUAGGUGGGGGUCCAAGAUUCUACACUGACGCCAAUUUACCUCUGAUUGGUCGAUUUGGAGUGGCAAACAGAUCAUUUGUUAUUCAUCAGCCAGUAUCACAGUCAGGACGAUUUGACUGUGCCAACAUUGUUCCAUUUUAUGCAUAAUAUUUCUGGUUUGGAAUAAAAUUGUUUAUAAAUACGUAAUAUAUGAAACUUAUCACCCUUUCAGCUGUUGUU